CGCCCGGACCGUAGGUCUACAAGCAUUCCACAACCAUCAUCUGCGAGGUGAGAAGUGCGAGCGUGCAGUCUCUCUCCGUCCCUUGACCGUGCGGCACAAAUCGACCGAAAAUCGCGUCGUGUUUCUCGAGUUCUCAAGACCAACGAGAUGUGCUCGAAUACGAACAUCGCGUUGCGUAACGGUGGCGAUACAUGAGAGGACUGGUCGGAAGACUGAUAGUGACGUGAUCAGUGAACCGCGGACUAUCUAACCACAAAUCGUGUGCAUGACGAAUUAAAAGCAGUGCAGUGAUCCGCAAUAUUGUCACGUAUUUCCUGAUUGAUUAUUGAUUGAUUGAUAUAGUGAUUGAUCAUUAAGUAUCGAGGCAUCGUGUGAGACGAAAGUCUCAACCACGGCAGCAAAAUUGAUCUGGACUUGCACCAACGCACCGCCGGCUUUAUGAGAGCCGGCGGCAGCAUGUGCGAUGGUUCCUUCACGGAGACUCUGCGUAGUAUGCAGGGAAUGACGGGAGCGUCGCCACCGGGUGGUACCGGUGUCAAUCCCAUGGGGGUUGGCCUCGGUAGUCCGCUUGUCCCAGCAGGCAAGAAAGUGCAGGUGGAACACAUUAAACGGCCGAUGAAUGCCUUUAUGGUCUGGUCACGGCUACAACGACGGAAGAUCGCGCAAGAGAAUCCCAAAAUGCACAACAGCGAAAUCUCCAAGAGGCUUGGUGCCGAAUGGAAACUCCUCACAGAAGAUGAGAAACGCCCGUUCAUUGAUCAGGCAAAAAGGUUACGUGCCCAGCAUAUGAAAGAACAUCCGGAUUACAAGUACAGACCACGAAGAAAACCCAAGACUCUGCGGAAAGAAGGCUACCCUUACAGCAUCCCAUACCCAAGUGUUCCCAUGGAUGCUCUUCGAGCCGGUAUGGCUGGUAGCAUGGGACAAGCAGGAAUGGGCUCUUAUUACAGUCCCGCGGCGGCCUACGGCUCUAUCUCAGCAGCCAGCAUGGCCGCGGCCGCGGCUGCGGCCGCACAACAGUCGGCCGCCAUGUCUGGUCUCGCGGCACCUGCUCAGGUGGUGAGCUCGAUGGAUGCCAUGAAAUAUUCCAUGGAAGCUGACAAGUAUCGCGCCGCCUACAUGCCGCCUAGUACUCUGGCGAUGAGUAUGUAUCCGGAUCCCAAGUACCUGGACUCAAACCCUAAAACCUAUCUGGACCGGAGUUACCUAGUGGACUCCGCGAAGGCGUACUUCGAGCAAUCCAAGCUUUACAUGGAUCAGAAACCUACGAUUGUCGACUACAACCGGCCCAGUUAUGAGCCUAAUAAGCUGUACGAAGAAUCCAGCCCAAACAGCGUCAUCGGCGGCAAUGGAUCCACUCGGUCACCGGCUGCAGAGUCGCCUGACACGAGCAAACAGCAUGAGAGAACAGAACAAGCCUCGUCUAGCGCGAGCUCAACAUCGACGUCAUCAGCUGCAAGUCCCGGCGCGACUCUCCCGACAUAUUAUUCCGGACCAGUCCAAGCCAGUGGUUUAUUGGCCCCACAGAUGGGACAAUACGGUGGAUACCAAGCAGCGCCUACACCGGGAAACGAAUCCUUUCGCCGACCAUUGACAGUCAUCUUCUGACCAUCCGAUAGACCGUAACUCUGAUCCAUUUUCGAGGAGCACUUGCUGUGAUGGCUAACUCGUUGGAUUGCAACAAUUGGACCGCGAACUCGACCGAUCAGAAAUGACAGUGCAGCAAAAGGAAUUUCUGUACGUUACCAGUCGCGGUUCCAAUUGAGGAUCAGAGCCUAAUUCUCUGUCAACAUGGAACAUAAUUCGGAGUUAUUAUGAGGAUCUAUUAAGCUCAUAAAUGAUCUACAUUUUUCUUUAGGCAAAUCAAAGUAUAACUUACGUUAAAAGUUUUGCCCGCUUUUAUGCAGUUUUAUAGUGCUGCCACAAAUAAGGAAAAUAAUUUUAAUGAUUUAAUCGAUGCAAAAUAACCUCAAAAAAGGAUCAAAAUCGCAAAACUGGCAAUGGAAGGUGCAUAUCUGAUACUGCUUUACGAGUUUCAAUAAGUAAAGAAUCCAGAAAAAUUAAUUAAUUUCUUUCUUUCUUUCUUUCUUAGUUACAAUAUGAAAAGGAAGAACCCAAUUAAAUUCAUGACAAGAUCUUAAUUAGUCAAGAAAACACUACUGACAUUUGACUGGGAUCUCUUAUGUCAACACUCCUUAGAAGACAUACUUUUGAAUAUUGGACGAAUUAUUAAAACAGCUUGAUGGCUUUCUAGCAUCCAAACACCACAGUCUCCUCUCCGAUGGAAUUCAUAUACUGCCCGAAAAAUGAUGUAAAGUGAUGUCGAAAGGGAUGUCAAUGAUUUAAUUAGUAAUCUUUUUUAUAAAAAGUAGUGAACUUAGUAAAAAGGAUUAGAUUAUUUAUGAGCAUGUCUAAUAUUUCCUAGAAGAAAAGUUGUCGCGGGCUACAGCGUAAAGUGGAUUUCACGUAAUAAAAGUGAAAGAAACUGCGUGUGAUAGUGCUCUAGAAACAACAUUCUCUUUGUUCAACUAGAUUUCCCGAAUCUUGCCAAACUUUCCAACAAUGGCUUUUUCUGGACAAUAUUUCAAUUUCCCCGAGGAAGAAUUCCAGCAAGCUUCUAAGGAUUCUAGUAACCAAUAAAGCGAGUUGAGCACAACAGAUGAAGAUCUCUUGAAUAGAAUGGGAUUUAGAGUUAUGAAAAAACUCACUGAUACUUCCUAAAAUCAAGAUAAUUCUCCCAAUGUAAUCUUGACAAAUCGAUUAUAGUUCAUAAAAAAAGGGUGAGCACAUGCAUCUUUGAAUACCAAUUAUUUUAGGAAGUGUUAACCCAACAGUUUGACGUCUGUCGUUCAAGACAAUCGAUUUGGAAGAAUCAUCAAAGGAAGAGGAUUAAAUACAUCUUCCUGAUAAUUAGAUAUAUAAUAAUUCACUGUAUCUUGCUGUUAAAGCAUCGCUUUUAGAGCGACGAUCUACCAGCAAAAUGGAGUCUGACUACCAAACUUCAAGAAAAAUGGACGACUAACGACAACGUCGUCACGGAUGACAACGAAGACCAUAAGGACAUUCGCUUGUGUUGUCGACUGACUAGUCUUGACCGAAAUUGUGUUAAAAGUACGUUGUACAUAGUCCCUGUGUAAAUAGUGUAGUAAAAACUUGGCUUUCCCGACGUUUCCGCAAAUUCGCUUUCUCACGGCCUCCGUCGCAGAGGCACAGAAACUCGUAGUCUCUGAGGAGAAAGCAGUACAAAUGGAAUCGUGUGCGUGCGUGGUGUCAUGAAGACCUGUCGCGAGUGUUCGAUCUCGUCGAAGCGGCGUAAGCAUCCUUCUCUUCGUUUCUUUUCAACUCGCAACUGGUAAUGAAUGUGUAUUUAAUCUUAUAUACAACAUAUACAGUUGUAAGCUUGGUAAAACGGCUGGUUCGUGCAUUUUAGAACUUCAGUGACUACUUUUAAGAAACUGUCGUAGCUCAGGAGUAAAAGUAAGAGCAAUUUUAUCUUUCCAAUGAUGAUUUAAUUACUCUACUCGAAGCAAUAUUACCACUUGUGAGUUGAAAGUUCCAUUCGUGGGUAGAUAAAUUUGCAUCCAUGGACAUUUUCUAUGAAAGAUUGCAUUUAAUAUGUCCGCAGGUUUGUGCACUCGCGAAGCUAUUGUUGCAUUAUAGAGUUUGCGAAGUUUAUUUGCGAUCGUCGCACCUCGUACGAUCGCAGAUCGUUUUCUUUUUUUAAUUUUGCUAUCGAUAAUCAUAGAUGCAUAUUUAUUAUUAAUUUUUUUAGAUAAAAAUUACUUUUCACCACGAUAAUAAUAAUAAAUUGUAGGAAUAUGAAAGUUUAAUAAUUCUUGUUAAUUUCCUGGCUGACAAGAGCGUUUCGCCUUGGGGUCUGUUGGUUAUUUUCUGUUUUUCGAUCUGUUGUCGCUUUGUGGUGUCCAUCAAAUCGAGUUUACAAGGGACAAAGUAAGCUGCGGAGAACACCUCGCUCAAAGAGCGAGACAUUCCUGCUAUACGACGUGUAACCUUUGUAUUCGUACCGUUACGAUGAACCUUAAGCUGUAUCGAUUAUCCGCGUAUAACAUAACAAGUGACAAAAAUAAGAUAUAAAUAUUGUAACGUAAAUAAAAAAUAAACGUUAAAUAUUAUCCUUGGAA